UGUUACUUUGGGAGUGGCUCAGGAGACAACUCCACUUGUUACGCUGCGCUGACAAGCACACGCACAACAGAGAAGCAAAGGGAGCGUGUGUGUGUGUGUGUCUCCCUAACAGAGAGCGUGACUGGAAACCUGAGGGAAGAGAUAGGAAACCUUAUCAAGAGUUCUGUGGAAAGCCUCCACGCAAGACCCGAGGAUGUUUAAGAAAAAGGACAGCGACACACUGAAGGUGUCCGGCAAGAUCAGCAAGACACAAGCCAACAGCUUGGCCUUGCUGGUGGCGCGGAUGCAGAAAAAUGCCGACCAGGUGGAAAAAGAUGUACUCCUGGCCGAGGGGCUUCUUGCUAUAGACGCAGAGAAUGAGAAGAAGGAGCUGGACUUUCAGCACCAGAAGGAGGUCUCAAUCAAACUGGGGGAGGCGGAGGCCCUGCUGCAAAGCCUCUUCCUCGACGUGGACAAGGCCAAGAAAUACAAACACCCACAAGGCAGCGAGAUCGAGAGCGAUGUGAGCCACCUCCAUGAACGUUGGCUGAAGGACUGUACCUUCUACCGGGACGUGUACGAGCCCGUCAAUGACGUAGCGCUGAUGCCUAGGAUCGACUGGGCUCCGGUUCUCAACCAGAAACAGAGGGAGGUGAACUCGGAGGAGUACGGGCCCACCAUGACAGACCUGAAGAAGCAGAUCGCCUCUCAGAACAUCCUCCACAGAGAGAUCGAGGGCUACAGCUCCCAGCUCAGCGCUAACUCCACCAGCACCAAGGAAGAGUUUGAUGCCGUUAAGAAACAAUACAAAAACCUUCUGGACAACUCCAAAUGGCGCAGCCACUACCUGAACAGCCUGUACGACUACAUGCAGGGCUGCACCAGGGAACUGGCCUACCUGGAGGAAGAACAGAACAAGAUCCUGAAACAGGACUGGAGCGACCGUAUGAUCGAUCCCCCGGACGUACGCAGGCAGUAUGAGAACUUCAAGAACCACAGCCUUCUGGCCCAUGAGACUGAAGUGAACAGACUCCAGGAUGACGGAGAUCGACUCGUUGAACUGAAGCACCCUGCCAGCGCCACCAUUCAGGCUCAGCGGGAUGAUUUGAGGAACGAGUGGCAGAAGUUCCUCAACCUGUGCAUCUGCCAGGAGACUCACCUGGACAACGUGGAGGAUUUCAAAAAGUAUCAGCUGGACACCGAGACCCUCUCCGAGUCCCUGACCAAACUCAACGCCACCCUGGACCCCAAGACAGUCAGCAAAAAUAGCAACUCUCAGAUACUGCUACAACUCGAGGCAGAGGAGAGGUCAGUCCAGCGUGCGGAGCUGCUGCUGGCCGACCUGAGGAAGAGGAGCACCACCAUCGCCCCCCUCAAGCUGCGCCGGGCUGCCCCCAGCAAGACCGUCACUGUAGAGUCCCUAUGUGACUGGAACACGGACAAGGUCGAAACUACUCGCGGGGACAAGUUCACCCUGAAAACCAAUUCAGACAAGAACUGGGAUGUGGCGACCACCAACGGGGCGACUAAAACCCUUCCAGGGGUUUGCUUCCUGAUCCCACCCCCUGACACAGAUGCCAUCAACCAAGUAGACCUGCUUGGCAGCGAGCUAACAGACAUUAAGAAAAAGAGAGAUGCUCUGCAGGCUUCACUGAAGAACCAAAACACAGAGUUAUCCAGGCCCCAGCAAGCAGCCCAAGUAUCUUCUGCCCCCCUGAACCCCAAGGCUGUGGCCCUGGAGAGCAAGCUGGACAAGCUGGAUGGAGAUCUGGCCCAGGCGGAGCAGGACAUCCUCAGCCGCCUCAGGGCCCCGCUGGACCGCAAUGACCCAGCUGCGGACAUGGCCAACAGACUGAAGGAACAGGAGAAAGCAACUGCUGCCCUGAAGACUCUGGAGCAGCAGAAGAUGGCCGCCCAGGCUGAGAUGGAGCCUCUGCUCGCCAUGGAGUCAGCAGGGUCCACCUCCUCGGCCCUGCCACUCAAACUGAAUGCCGCCAAGAACAAGCAGGAUGGCAUCGCUGCUCUCAAUGACCUCUACACCAAGAAGGCAAAUGCGUCUCUAAACUUAAUGGGUCAGAUCAAGAAAGUGGAUGGCAUUGUGUCUGACUUUGAGAAGACGCUGAGUGCAGAUGGUGCCAUCCCUGAUGCCCCUGACGCCAUCCAGGCCCGCACCCUGGAGGUCCAGAGUCUACGUAAGAAGGCGGCAGGUUCUCAGGAUGAGAUGAAGAAGUUGGGACAGGACCUGGAGGCCACAGAGCAGCUGUGUAGCUCCCUGCAGCAGGGCUACCAAGAGUACUGCCCGGAUAUCCGCCAACAGGGAGUCCAGGUGAAACAGCUGCAGAACCGCUACGCUAACGUCAACAACCAGCUAAAGGAGAGAGAGAACCUUUUGCAAGAGGCUGCGACUAAGAACCAGGAAUUCCAGAGCGCAAACAAGUCCCUUAGUUCCUUCCUGAACACUCUGCCCAACAACAAUAUCAGUCCCAGUGAUGACCUAUCACAGAUCAACUCCAAGCAGAGCUCAGAGGAGAGGGUGAUGGAAGACCUGACGAGAAAGGGAGAUGACGUAGAUAGGGUGGUUGAUCUGUCCCAGAACUUGCAGGAUGUGCUUAAUGAAUAUGAGGUCAAUGCUGGUAAAUACAACAGCACUCUCGCUGAGAAGAGCACGAAAAAAGCAGAGAAGCUUCCCUCCCCUACCCUUGCGGAAACUGUGCAGAAACAGGAAAAAGCUUUAGUCAAUCGCUAUGCUGAAACAGCUGCUGAAAGCAAGCAACGCCUCAACCAAAUGGCCCUCGCUAAGAACAUUCUUGUUCAGAAUGAAGAGACGGUCCAACAAGUAGCCCAGCAACAGGUGCAUCUUGAAAGGCAACAUAAAAGCGUGGAGGAAAUAGAUACCCUGAACAAAGAGCUGGCUGAGGAACUGGAUAGGUGCACUCAUGCUGAGAACGACCUGAAAACCUUCAAGAGCAGAAUGGUCUCUUUGAAGAGUCGUAGAGGGGUGGAGCGGCUUGAGGAGAAGGAAGUUCUGCAAUACUACCGUGACCCUAAAAUAGAGGCCGAACUACUAGACAUGCAGAAUGAAAUACACAAAGAGGCUCUGAAGCGCAGCGGUACUCAGGGUGAGGUUGAAGUGGUCAACAAGAAAAUCCUCAUCCAAGGGGAUUCCCUCAAAAAUGCAGUGCCCAGACUGGUGACGAGAGAGGUGACCGAAUUUGAGAGAGAUCCUCAGUUGGAUGUAGAGGCGUCCAAGUUGAAAUAUGAAAUAUCCAAGAUCAAGGAUGAAGAUAAUGUGGUGCGUGAGGAAACCAUUCAGAUGAAGACAGAAGUCACUGUUCUUCAGGCAAAGAGGCCAACUAUCAAGGAAAGAAUUGUGAGAAAAGAGGUUGUGAAAGUGGAAAAGGAUCCAGAGAUGGUCAAAGCGGUGCAAACAUUUUCCGUGGAAAUCUCAGAAGAGGACAAAAAGAUCAAGAUGAUCAAUGACGAGAUCUUCCAGACACGAAGCCAGAUCAAUGCACUAGAGAGAAUCAUUCCCACCAUACAGCCAAAGGUUGUGACCCGGGAGAUAAAGAAGAUUGAGCAAGACCCCGAGCUCAUCAAGGAAUCAAAGAAACUACGUACGACAAUAGAGGAGGAAAAGAUCGAGAACAGCAGUCUCGCCAACGAGUUGAAAUCACUACAAAGUCGAUACACAGAGGUGCAGAAUUUGAAACCCAAAGUGGAGGUCAAAGAAAUCGUCAACGAGAUCUACAGGAUCGACCCGACCACAGAGGCAGAAAUAACCCGCCUGAAGAAGGAACUGCAAGACGCCAGCAAACUGUGUUCCAACCUGGAGAAGGAGAUCACUGUCGUCACAACUGACCGGAACACCCUACGUUCCCAGAAGCCCAAGGUCGAACUGAAGGAGGUCCUCCAGGAAGUGGUGAAAGAGGAGAGAAGCCCUGAGAACAUCAGAGAGAUCCAAAAGCUCAACGACCAGUUGAACACUCUGCACCACACUUACAACACCGUUCUGGAUGAGCUGAGCCUUGCCAGAAAGGAAAGGGACCAGUGGAAGGCAGAGAAGUCAAAGGUGGAGACGAAGCUUGUGACCAGAGAGGUCAUCAAGUACGAGGACGACCCACUUUUGGAUAAAGAAGCUGACCGCCUCAGAAAGGAGGUUCGCGAAGAGACCCAACUGCGUCGCACCACUGAGGAGAUGGUGUUCGACCUGCAGAACAAGUACCUGCUACUGGAGAGACAGAAGCCCGAGGAGAAAGUUGUAGUCCAGGAAGUGAUGCGCCUACAGAAAGAUCCCCGACAGAGGGUUGAGCAUGACAAGCUUGGGACGACUCUUGACGAGGCGGUGAAAUCUCGGCGGAAGGUAGAACUCGAAGUGCAGCAACUGAAAACCUUGCUGGAGGAGAAAAAGAGGCUCUUGAGAGAGAGCGACGAGCGUCAGAAGAAAAUUCAAGUGGAGUCGGAUCUGAAAGCGACCAAAGUGCGCAUCAACGAGUUGGAGAACGCCCCGCCUCCUGUCGAGGAGAGCAUCGUCAUAGAGGAAGUCCUAAAGGUGGAGAGAGACCCCAAGCUGGAGAGAAUGACCAGCGGUCUUCGCUCGGACAUGGAUAAGGAAACCAACAACAUCCUCCGUUAUCAGAGAGACAUCCGGAACCUCAACGUCAGCCUUGAACUUCUCCAGAGAGAGAAGGCCGGCGAGAGGACGGUGUAUAAAGAGGUGGUCCGGGUGGAGAAGGACCAGGCUGUGGAGGCCGAGAGAGACCGUCUGAGGGAUCAGGUCAACCAGGAGAAGUACGCCAGGCAAGAUCUGGAAGAGCAAAUCCGACGGCUCUCCGACAAACUAAACUUCCUGCAGAGCACCAAGUCGAGUAGUUCACGAGAGGAGACCACUCUUGUUCUGCAGAGGGAUGCCCUGCAGAGGGAGAAGGACGACAUCAACCGGGAGCUGAAGAAACUGGAGUCCGAGAGGCAGGACGUCAGCGUUUCGUUCCAGCAGCAAACCAAAAUGAUGAGUGAGAGAAGCCAGAUAAACAGGCAAAAAAGCCUCAAGAUGGAGUCCGAUAUGCACCGUCUGGAGAGAGAAAUCCUAGAUGAAAAAGACCAGAUCCACUCGAGAAACAUCACCAUCAAAGAGCUUCAGUCUGUCCUGGAUAAGGAGGACAAAGCUGACACUCGGACAAGGGAGACAAACCUUUCAAUGAAAAUCACCAUCUUGGAUCCUGAGACAGGCAAGGAUAUGUCACCAUACGAUGCUUACCUGCAGGGGCUGAUUGACCGGACCCAGUACAUCCACCUGCAAGAACUAGAAUGUGAUUGGGAAGAAAUUACUUCCAAGGGACGUGAUGGUGAAACGUCUGUGCUGCAGGACCGCAAGAGUGGCAAACAGUACUCCAUCAAAAAUGCUCUGAGGGACGGAAAGCUAACCCAAAGUGAUCUGCAAAAAUACAAAGAUGGGAAAAUGCCUAUUUCAGAGUUUGCCCUGCUUGUGGCAGGUGAGAAAGAAAGACAGCCCCAAUUCAACUCCAUCACCCCAAAGGCCACCUCCGCUCUGAACUCGGCUUCUCCCCAAAAGCCCUCUGCUGCCCAGGAAACCUAUCCUAUUGCUGGAAUCAUAGAUACAAACACCAGCACUUGUUACACAAUACGCAGUGCUGCGAUGCGCCGGCUUAUCGAUUCCACCACUGCCCAGCGCCUGCUAGAAGCGCAGGCUGCCACAGGUGGCAUCAUUGAUAUCACCAACAAGGAAAGAUUCCCUGUCCACAAGGCUUCAGAAAGGGGCCUCAUUGAGAGCAGUCAACUACAAAGGCUUCUCAAUGCCCAGAAGGCCUUCACUGGAAUAGAGGACCCAAUAACCAGGGAGUGUUUGUCAGUGGGAGAAGCUGUCCAGAAAGGCUGGAUGCCCAAGGAGACCGCCAUGCGUUACAUGGAGGCCCAACACCUGACCGGAGGGCUGGUGGUCCCUAACAGCAGUCGACGGGUGGAUAUAGUGGAAGCAAUCGGAGCCAAAAUGAUCGACAGCUCCAUGAUGAGAGAGCUACAGGCUGACACCAACUACGCCAAAGAGAUUGUGGAUCCGCUCACACACGAGAAGAUCAGCUAUAAGCAAGCCAUGGCUCGUUGUAAGACAGACCCCCAGUCAGGCCUUUCUAUGCUACCAGCUUCUUCCAAAGAGUCUGGCUACCCUUCCUAUACUCCUCAUCGAUACUCUUAUGGCAAUUAGUAGAUCUGUUUACAGCGUUUGGAGGGUACUCUUGUCUUUUGGGUGAUUAAUGUGAAGCUGGAUUCUAAAUGUAUAAAUGUUUUAAUGAUUAUAAUUGACUAAGUGUGACGAUGUACAUUUCUGUCUCAGGAAAAUGUCUGCUAAAUAGAGCAAAGCUCACUGUACAACGAGAUGAUUCGCUGCUGAGUUGCUUUUGUUUACUAAACUUGUAUGAGGUGGGCAGAUAUAUUUUUGAACUAAUUAAAAAAAAACGUAAAGACAUAAUGAUCACGUAGGUUACUUACUGGAUAUUGGGCCAUGGUGCAAUGCUAUUAACCUUAUUAACCUAAUUUGUUUGUCUGUAUCGUAAUAUGGUCUAGGGCUUUCCCACGAUGUUCACUUUAAACUCAAGCCUUGUUUGACACUGUAUCAAUAAUAUAUAUUAAAGGUUCAAUAAAAUCA